UUCCCAUAAGUAUAGGGACUAAAACACUACACAAGCCUUUUUCUUUUGAUCAAAUCUUGAAUCUUCUGGUUCGAACGUUGAAAUCGACGCGUUGGGAAUUCAGACCCUAACUGCUCGUCUUUUCGGGCCAAAGAUUCUACUCCGAUCCUUCCCAGGUGAUUUGUGAAUACAAGGUAAGGAUGGGUGUUAAACAAGCAAUAAAAAGCCUUGAUGCAUUUCCACGAGCAGAAGAGCACUUGCUGCAGAAAACACAGUCUGGGGCAGUUGUCUCCCUUGUGGGUCUGUUCAUAAUGGCCACUUUAUUCUUGCACGAGCUAAGAUACUAUCUUACCACAUAUACUGUUCACCAGAUGGCUGUUGACUUGAAACGUGGUGAAACUCUUCCAAUCCACAUAAAUAUGACUUUCCCAUCUUUACCUUGUGAUGUUUUAAGUGUAGAUGCUAUUGACAUGUCUGGCAAGCAUGAGGUGGAUCUUGAUACAAAUAUAUGGAAACUUCGCUUGAGUAGGGAUGGUCAUAUCAUUGGGACUGAAUAUUUAUCUGAUCUUGUGGAAAAGGAACAUCAGCAUAAGCAUGAUGGCGAUAAAGAUCAUAAUGAGAAUUCAAUUCAUGUGCAUGGCUUCGAUCAAGAUGCUGAAAAAACGAUUAAGAAGGUUAAGCAGGCAUUAGACAAUGGAGAAGGAUGCAGGGUUUAUGGGGUUUUAGAUGUCCAAAGGGUUGCUGGGAAUUUCCAUAUCUCAGUUCACGGGUUAAACAUUUUCGUUGCACAAAUGAUUUUUGAAGGACCCAAUCAUGUCAAUGUGAGUCAUGUCAUUCAUGAUUUAUCAUUUGGGCCAAAAUAUCCUGGAAUUCACAAUCCACUGGAUGAGACUGCACGGAUUCUGCGUGGUACGAGUGGAACAUUCAAAUACUACAUAAAGGUUGUUCCUACUGAAUAUCGAUACUUAUCAAAAGAAGUUUUACCAACUAAUCAGUUCUCAGUCACGGAAUAUUAUUCCCCUAUAAAUGACAGAACUUGGCCAGCUGUUUACUUUUUGUAUGAUUUGUCGCCAAUUACUGUGACCAUCCGAGAAGAACGUCGCAGUUUUCUCCACUUCAUCACUCGGCUUUGUGCAGUAUUAGGUGGUACUUUUGCUUUAACAGGCAUGCUAGAUCGGUGGAUGUAUAGACUUCUCGAGGCUAUGAUGAAGCCAAAUACUAGAAGGGUGUCACGGUAACAUGGAGAUUGCAUCUUACCAUGAUGGCACCAUUCAUCCAUUGGGUAAUAUCUGGACAAGCAAAGAUAACUUUAUUGCGAGCUUUGAAUUAUACAAGGGGGGAGAUUAGAGCAUUUAGAUGGCUUAUUUAAUUUCCUUUUCGUGUUUUCCCUCCUUAUGAACUGAGCUGCAUUGUCAUUGUAUUUUGUUACUGCUCUCCGAUUUCUUUUUUUGCUUCAGGGAAGAACUAAUGGUUUUCUUUUUUGCUGUUGUAUAAGAGGAUUUUCAUCAUUACUUCCCAGAUUUAUUUUAGGAUUGGCUUGAACGUGCGACCCCUGAUUUUUCCAAACAUGUAUUCUACACUGCUCUUAUCGUUUUCUU